GUUCAUAAAAACUAUUCAAGAAAUUCAUUACACAGAAAGCUUGGACGAUUUGAUCCCAAAUUCCUCAUUUUUCUUCUCUUUAAUAUACAUAUCACGAAUCUGAUUGACUAUGGACGGCCUCGGUGCUGCUGCCAGCGUCAUCGCGGUGGUGCAGAUGGCUCAGGCUGUUAGCGGGGCUUUAGUGGAAUACUACGAAGGGGUCAAGAGUGCUCGCGAUGACAUACAACGACUUUAUAAUUCAAUAAAGAAUCUUGAAUCCGUAGUUAGGUCUGUCGACGAUCUUCUACGUACUUUUUCGAUCAACAUCCAAGCAUCUUUGGAAAACAAGACGGGAACUCUGUCGCUGUGUAAGGCUGAGCUUGAUGGAAUUAAGAAGGAACUCGAUGCAUUUUCGAAACAGCAGAAUCAUAUUGGAAAGCUGAAGUCUUUGGUAUGGCCGUUCAAGAAGAAGGAUGUGGAUAAGCAUGUGGAUUUUAUCGAUAAGCAUAAGCAUGAUUUAAUGUUAGCAUUUGGAGUUGAGAACUUGCACAUUUCCCUGCGUCACCAUGGCAUCUUGGAAGACAUUCGAAGCGAGAUAGGAGCUGCUAAGAGCGACAAAGAGCGAAGGCAGAUAAUCAAAUGGCUUGCAGAGUCGCUCCCUAAUCCAUCCACGGAACAUGACAUCGCCCGAAAAAAGUGCCAAAAAGGUACGGGAUCCUGGCUAAUAGACGGAGAUUCUCUCAAGACCUGGUCGAAAACCAGUAACUCGUUCUUAUGGCUAAACGGUGGCGCGGGGGCUGGAAAAUCAAUCUUAUGUUCUACAGUGAUUGAUCAUAUCCAAGAAUUCUGCAAACAAGAACCAAAUGUUGUUGUCACAUACUGGUAUAUCAAAUUCGACAAUUCAACUACACAGAGCAUUUCCAAUAUAAUUCGUUCUUGGAUUAAAGACAUUUGUAGUAAUCGUCGGGAUACGCCACAAACUUUGAAAGAUACAUAUGCUCUUUAUAAUCACGGCCAGCAGCAACCUACCCAUGAAAAAAUGAUGGAAAUGCUUAAGUGUGUAGUUGGCGGCUUUCAAGAUGUCUAUUUGAUUGUGGAUGCUCUUGAUGAGUAUCCUAAGACAGACCGGUAUUUAUUGUUGAAGACUCUGAAAGAGAUUCAUCAAUGGAAAAUUGAUUCUAUACACAUUUUUGUCACGAGUAGGGUAGAAGACGAUAUUCGAGUUCAUCUAGCUAAUAUGAGCGAGCGAAACGUUUUCGACAACUGCAAAUGGAUCAUGGUUCAAGAUCCAAACAUCACCGAGGAUAUCAAGAAGUUUCUCGCCGCUAAAAUUGAUAGCUCCGAGUACGAUAUCCCAACCUCUGACUUAGAGGAAGAAGUCGUGGAAUCUAUCGCGCGACGAGCUGAUGGUAUGUUUCGAUUAGCAGCACUUCAAUUGGAGUCAUUAAAGCCGUACCAAACCAUUUUCGAAAUAAGAAAGGGCUUGAACCAACUUCCGAGAUCUUUAGAUGUAUUUUACAGAAGAGCACUAGAAGAGGUAUUUGAGGGGCAUCAGUGCUACGUCAAAAUUGCCUUACAAUGGAUCGCUUACUCUGCUCGCCCGUUAAAGUUAGUGGAGCUCUCAGAAGCAGUGGCAGUUCAGACCGAGUCUUCUCCUUAUUUGGAAGAAGACAGGAAAUUGAUUUGCAAAGGGGAUCGUUUCCCUCUUGUUGAUAUGAUUCCAUCGGCAUUCGUUACAAUCCACAUUUGUGAAACGGGGGACCCUUCUUUACCGUUUAAGGAAAAAUCAUACAUUCGAUUUUCCCACUAUUCUGUCCAGGAAUUCUUACAGUCAACUCGCACGUCCAAUGGACCCGUUAAGCAAUACCAUCUACAGGAAUCAAAUGGCUUAGAAUCCAUCGCAGCACGGUGUAUAGCAUACUUACUUUAUGUUGGGUCGUUUUUCGAAGAUUCAUAUUCUGGGCUACCCGACGUUCAUAAUCGAUUUCCCUUGAUCUAUCACGCAGUACUAUGCUGGACGUACUAUUUACAACGCCUUGAAAUUCUGAGCAACGGGUCUUUUAACCUCGUGGGAAAUUUACGUGAGUUGGCAUCACUAUUGAUGAGUGGGAACCAGGCAACUUCGACCAACCACGAUGCAUGGAAGAUAUCACAAAUCAUUUGCAAAGAUGCUAGACGAAAGAUCCCAUACUCCGCAACCACGUUAGCCCUCGCACAAGAUUCCUUCGAGAUUGAGAUAGAUUCUAGCAUCUAUAUACCAUGUCCUUUGUCUUGGGCUUCUCAUCAUGGCUUAAUUAGUUUAGUAAAACUCUUAUUAAGAGAUGCUCUAUACGAUAUCAGCCCAUCUAAUGCAUCAAGGGAAUUCGACUUAGGGUCCCCUUUACAUGCUGCAGCCACGGGAUGGUAUUUUUCGGAGAGAAUAGUCACACUACUGCUUGCAGCAGGCAUGAAUCCAAACACAUCCGGUGGAGAGUUGCGUUAUCCACUAGUUGCUGCUACCGACAAAAACAAGUUGGAAAUUUGCAAAUUAUUGUGUGAGGGAGGUGUAAACCUUGAUCCUGGGUGGGGCGUGCGAGGUGAAACUGCAUUGCAAGUCGCUUGUAGAAAGGGUUAUGUGGAUAUAUGUGAAUAUCUCUUGGAGCAGGGUGCCGAUAUUGAAAAUUGUGACUUUGCUGACGAUGUUGCAAAGCAUGAUUUUCUCGACAGUUUAAUGACACCAUUGCUGCUAGCUACCAAGCACAGAAAACUAGCAGUUAUUAAGUUAUUGUUGGCGUCGGGGGCAGAUAUUGAAGCAGUAUAUAACGGCUACACACCAUUGCAGUAUGCAUCAGAAGCACAUGAUGUGCAAGCAUGUAAAUGGCUCCUAGAUUCCGGUUCCGAUGUGAAUCAUAUGACCGAAUCUGUGCCAUUUUUGACUUUAGGAUUCCCUUGGCGAUUCCGUUGGACGACAAGCUGGACCCCACUGAGUCGACCUUUCCGGGUAUAUCCUAGCUUCUAUCCUAAUGAUGAUUUACUUGUAAUUACCGAAUUGUUGCUUAAAGCCGGUGCUGAUGUGCAUGCCAAAGGCGGGCCUUGGUGGAAAAAUGGCCCUAUGGCUACCACAAUAGUUUUCUGUUUAGAAUGUACAAGAAACUUGCCAGAAUCAACAGAACAGAGAGAAAAACAUGUACUCAAGAAAACUUUGGACAUGCUGUUACACGCAGGAGCUGGAAGUGGCCUGGAAGGAGCUGAAGUGCUUUCGAUACUAGGAGGGAGACGUGAAGAGCUUAAAGAGGAGCGAAGAGAGCUGCUCCGUCAAAGAGAGAUGAAUACUCGACUAAGUAACGACGGAAUUGAAGAAAUCGACAGAUUCAUCAAUUCAUAUGAUGAUGCUUAUAAUCGGGUACAGGAGCAGCAAGAGAAAGAACGCAAGGUGUCUAUGCGAGGAGUCUCUACAGGAGAUGGUGGGGAAAAUGAAGAAUUAUCCAACGGAGAGUUAAGCAAUAGAGUUACGAGCCUCUCCCUCUAGAAGUUGUUGGUAUUACGGUUUGGGGAGGGAGGUUUUUUUUUUUUUUUUUUUUUUCUAAUAUGAUUCUAGAAAUUGUGUUUCUAAUGAUAAGUUUCUUUUUGUAUGGAAAGGGUAUACA